AUGGAUUUCGAGGGUAACACAAAUCGCAUCAUCGCGUCCAUUCGCGAGGCGAAGGCGCGAGGCGCGUCGUACCGGAUCGGGCCGGAAUUAGAAAUCACGGGCUACGGCUGCGAGGACCACUUCCUCGAGCACGACACGUGCCAGCACGCCUGGGAAUGCCUUGCAGCUAUCAUUGCAAGCGGUGCUACAGCCGGCAUCCUCUGUGACAUCGGGCUGCCGGUGGAGCACCGCGGGGUGCGCUACAACUGCCGCGCGCUCGUCCACAGCCGUCGGAUCCUGCUGCUGCGACCCAAGAUGGAUCUCGCCAACGACGGAAACUACCGGGAAACGCGCUGGUUCGCCACGUGGAAGCGGUUGGGAGUGGUGGAGAGCGUGCGGUUACCAGCGGUGGUUACCGCGGCGUGUGAGGGGCAGCGGGAGGUGCCCAUUGGGGAUGGAGUGCUGGAUCUGCUGGAUAGCACCCUGGCGAGUGAGACGUGUGAGGAGCUAUUCACCCCUCUAGCGCCGCACAUCCGAGCGGCACUAGCAGGAGCAGAGGUGGUGGGCAACGGCAGUGGCAGCCACCACGAGCUGCGCAAGCUGGGGACCCGCGUGGGGCUUGUGCAAUCUGCUACCAGCAAAGCAGGCGGGGUGUACCUGUAUGCCAACCAGAAGGGGUGCGACGGUGGACGGCUGUACUAUGACGGGUGUGCCAUGGUGGUGGUGAAUGGGCAGGUGGUGGCGCAGGGAUCGCAGUUCUCAUUGGCUGACGUCGAGGUGGUAACCGCUACAGUGGACCUCGACCAGGUGGCGAGCUACAGGGGAGCUAUCAGCAGCCUGAGGGAGCAGGCCUCAGCCUCUGCCCCAGCACCAUCCGCCUCCUUCCCAGCGUUUUCAUCCUCCGCCUCUCCCGCCCCGCCCAUCGUGCGCAUUCCCUCCGAUAUCUCCAUCUGCCAUCCGUCCUCGGCUAGCCUUUCUCUCGCCACCUCCCACCCCAUUCAGAUCCGUUACCACUGCCCAGAGGAGGAGAUAGCACUGGGCCCGGCGUGCUGGUUGUGGGACUACCUGAGGCGCAGCGGGGCCUCGGGCUUCCUGCUGCCGCUGUCAGGCGGUGCUGACAGCUCAUCCGUGGCCGCCAUUGUGGGGUGCAUGUGCCAGCUGGUCGCUAAAGCGAUUGCCGAGGGUGACGAGCAGGUGCAGCAGGAUGCAGAGCGAAUCACGGGGCUACAGCUGGCGGCAGGGGCGGCAGCAGAGGAGCAGAAGCGGCAUGCUGCCAGGCUGGCAGACCGCAUCCUGCACACCAUCUACAUGGGCACGGAGAAUAGCUCGCAGGCCACACGAUCAAGAGCGAAGCAGCUGGCAUCGGAGAUAGGAGCGUGGCAUCUAGACACGAGCAUUGACUCCGUGGUUGCUGCUGUCGUGGCGCUCUUUCUCACUGUCACUGGCCUGCGCCCGCACUACAAGCUGGACGGAGGCACAUCAGCGGAAAACUUGGCCCUGCAGAACAUUCAAGCCCGCCUGCGCAUGGUGCUGGCCUUCCUCUUUGCGCAGCUGCUGCCCUGGGUGCGCGGCCAUGGGGGGAGAGGAGGGCGGAAGGAGAGCACAGCCGAUGGGCAGAAAAAGGGAGGCGAAGGGGAGGAGGGAGGAGGGGGGGGAUGGGGAGAAGAGAAGGUGCCGGCGGAAGGGGUGUUGGAGAGGGGCAAGGGGAGGGGAGGCGGGUCGGAGCAGCGGGGGAGCGGAGGGGGCUUUCUGCUCGUGCUGGGCAGUGCCAACGUGGACGAGGGGCUGCGAGGAUACCUCACCAAGUACGACUGCAGCAGUGCAGACAUCAACCCCAUUGGUGGAAUCAGCAAGACGGACCUCCGCCGUUUCCUGCGCUGGGCGGCAAUCCACCUUGGCUUCGCCUCAUUGGCCGAUGUCGAGGCCGCACCGCCCACCGCUGAGCUGGAGCCAAUCAGAGCGGACUACGUGCAGGUGGACGAGGUGGACAUGGGCAUGACCUACGAGGAGCUCUCCCUGUACGGCCGCCUGCGCAAGGUCAUGCGCUGCGGACCUGUCGCCAUGUUCCAGCAUCUGUGCCACGAGUGGCGGCAGAGGCUGUCAGUGGCGGAGGUAGCAGCGAAAGUGAAGGCGUUCUUCCGCUUCUACUCCGUCAACCGCCACAAGAUGACCACGCUCACGCCCUCCUACCAUGCUGAGAACUAUUCCCCGGAGGACAACCGGUUUGAUUUGCGGCAGUUCCUGUACAACGUGGCGUGGCCGUGGCAGUUCAAACGGAUUGACGCUCUUGUGGCAGCACAUGAGGCUGCAGCCGCAACAGCCACAGCAGGUGCUGCUGCUGCAGUUGAGGGCACAAGAGCAGCAUGA